UUAUUCUACACUACAUGCUCCCUGGACGCUUCCAUAAAAAUUUGACCGAUUAACUACAUGUUUGUUUGAACUUAGUGAAAAACAUAAAAAAGUACGCGAAGGAAAAAUAAAACAUCAGCGAUUCGAUUAGAAAAAAAUGAAAUUAAUUUUGGUGAAAAAAUGAAAUAUUAGAAUUAUUGAUAAACAAUGUCGUUCGGUACGGGAUUUGGAACAUCCACGCCGGCGACACAGUCGAGUUUCAGCUUUGGAACCGCCACAGUUAGAACAGCUACGCCAAUAAGGCCGACUGGUUUUGGUUCAACAUCUUUCGGCUUUAGUACUCCAGCUGCCUCUGUUCCGACGCUCUUCGGCACUCCAGCAACUCAAGCAACUAGUUUUGGUGGAACUCCUGCUUUUGGAUCUUCAGCAGCAACGGGAUUUGGAGGUGGUGCAACAAGUAGUAGUAAUACAUCAAGCACUUCAGGCUCGACAUUUGGUUUCGGAGGAGGGUCGACCUUCGGGACCGCACCACAAACAUCUUCAACGACAGCAUUUGGUACAUUAGGAGCUCCGGCCACAACAAGUACUAUAGGUUUUACAGGAUUUGGGAGUUUUGGAGGUACAACAACAACCACUCAAGCCCCAAGCCUCUUCAGUGGGUUUGGCUCGAGUAGCACAGCCUCAACGGGUUUCGGAAAUACAGGCUUCGGUGGAUUCGGAGCUAAGUCAACAACCACAACAGCAACCACGGGAUUUGGGGGCUUCGGAGGAGGAGUUUUGGGUAGUUCGACGUUGGGCAAUUUUGGUGGAACACUAGCACCACCUCAAACACAACAGCAACAACAGCAACAACAACAGCUACAACAAGUUUCCAAUGCAAUCUCUGAGGCUCUGUAUAAUGCUGUUUUCAAUUGUCAACUGUUCAAUGAUGAGAGGGACAAUACAAUUGCAAGAUGGAACUUGAUUCAAGCCCUUUGGGGCACUGGAAAGGCCUAUUAUGCCGCCAAUGCCGUUCCAAUUGAGCUUACGCAGGAGAAUCCUCUCUGCAGAUUCAAGGCUAUCGGCUACAGUUGUAUGCCAAGUGCGGAUAACAAUGACGGAUUAGUUGUUCUAUGUUUCAACAAGAAAGAGCAGGAGUUGAAGGAUGGAAAGCAACAGCUUGUUAAUUCUGUAACACAAAUCCUGGGAAAUAAACCUAAUUUAACCAUUACUGUUGACACAGUCAAGUCUAUUGGCGACAUGAAGAGUCAAGCAGUCGUUUAUGUAUCUGAAAAGGGGGUCACUGGAUCUUCGCGAAAAAUCCCAGCUAACGAGCUUGUCGCGUAUUUGUCCCAGACUGUUCAAAAGCAACAGCUGACACAGAUGGGAGUGGAAAAUAUUUUUCCUCAGGUGAAACUAGACCCUUCGCAGCUCAAGGAGUACAUGGAAAACCCACCUUGCUCAAUCGAUCCGAGAUUAUGGAAACAGGCGCAGCUAGAUAAUCCCAAUGCUGAUAUGUAUAUUCCGGUGCCUAUGAUCGGAUUCCAACAGGUUAAGUACAGAUUAAAGUGCCAAGAGAAAGAGACUGAUAAGCAUCGAGCAUUCUUGGAUAUGGCUGCAGAAAGAAUACAAGGAUUGCAGAGACAACAUACUGCGACUCAGGCUAAAUUGAAAGAACACAGACGGACACUUUUGGAAUUACAGCAUCGAGUUCUUCAGGUGUUAGUACGACAAGAAAUUACCAGAAAAGUUGGUCUUUCUCUUCAACCAGAGGAGGAAACAUUAACAAAUAGGCUUGAAACUAUGCACUCGCAAAUUAGCGCACCCACACAAUUUAAAGGCCGAAUUAGUGAGAUGUUGUCGCAGUUGAGAAUGAGAAAACACGUUGAUAUGCAGAAUCAGGAGAGAUACUCUAUGGACCCCAUUGUACAAGAUGACAUCAAAGCUUACUUGAGUUUACAACAACAAGGAAUGGCUCAACUGAUUGACACCAUAAAUGCAGACAUGGAGAGUUUAAAAGUAAUAAAAGAUGGAAUGGCAGAUCUACUGACAGGGCAUGCAGUUUCCUGAAGGAUAUAUUUCCAUCGAAACGAUUACUAUUGUUGUAUUUCCAGGAAUUAUUGAUAUGGAUUUGUCACGAAAACAUGAAGGCUCACAAAAUGAUACGAAGUAAAAAACAAUUAAAAUAGUAUAUUUCGAUACAAAUGCCAUGAGUUAAUAAUGAGGGUAAAUUAUAAAUUAUGAAUAAUAUUCUUUUGUUACUGCUGCUAGGUUUAGUCCAUGCCAAGAAAUGUCUUCUCAUUUGCUCGUAAAUGAAACGUCAAAACUUAUAAAUGAAAAAGGGCGCAAUUUGUCACUCGCUGACCAUAACAUCGCUAACUCAGCUUCACCUCGUGCGGCUAACUUUACACUCACUACCACCCCAUCGCCCACUUGCAUCGCAAUAUAGUAUACUACGUUCCUACAAUGGAAAUUAAAAAAUAGCUAUAGCAUUUGCAAUUCAUCUCCGAAAUGGAAAAAAAAACAAACAAAACAAAAAAAAAACAAAUCAAGAUCCUUUAUUUUUGUUUCACAAAUAAUAGUGCUUGAAUGACCACAGAUGUUCAUUGUUUUUAUGUACAUUGACUCAUACCUUAAUUAAUCAAUUAAUGAAUUUAUACAUUACUUAUCGAUUCUUCCAAAAAUAAUGCAAAACUCAUUUGUCAUAAUGAAAAUUAUUUAGUUCGUUAUAGAGUAAAGGAGCAUUCUUCAAUCAUCCAAUUUAUGUACAGUAUCAAUCGAUUGACAGACUUGACGUAAUCGAUCGAUCGAUCGAUGGAUCGUGGCUCAGUAAGAGAUCGACUUGUUCGCUCGUUCGAGCAACUGAAAUGUUAUCAAGUAACACUCAACUGUGUGAACAACUAGAAGCGAGUGAACCGCCAGGGAUUCUUUGUAUGAGUUUCCUUGAACGUAGAAGUAUAAUGCAAAUAGACUUCCAGUGAUCGAUCGAAAUAUCGAUUGAGUAGCAAACUUAACUUGGGUAAAAUAAGAAAAAAAAAUUUGAGCAAAAUUCUGAUACCUCUGUCCCAUCGUAAUAAUAUCUAUUGGAUUUUUUAAAAUCAAUUGUUUAAAUACAUUUCUAAUAAUUAUA